AUGUCUCCCUUAGUCAACUUAGUUACUCCAGAACAGUUGUAUUCCCUUAUUGACUGGAAGAACGUGGAUAUUCAAAUCACCAUUCCUGGUUAUGAUCCAUCUUUGGGUUUCUUGUUAAGUAGCCCAGCCUUUGUUCCAUUACAACCACCACCAACAACCACCACCGAGAACAAAGCAACCGAAUCGACAAACCAUUUAGAUUCUCAAGAUGAAGUUGAGCAUGAAUCUACUGAACCAUCAUCACUUUCUACGCCACCAGUUGCAACCACUGAUAACGUCAGCAUUCAGAGCCAAAUGAGCCCAUCAAAUCAACAGACCUUAAAGUCAAACACCGAUCAUCUCCAUUUGGAUCAAAACAUGAGACAAACUGAAUUAUGUCCAUUUGAAAACAUGUUCUCUGAAGAGGAUCCUCAGUAUGCCAGUUUCCUUGAAGGUUAUGUCGAUGAUAGUUUGAAUAACAAAGUUGAGAAUGAAUCAGCAAUCAAGGAGUCAUUUUACGAAGGUAUGAAUCGUGAUUGUUGGUUGAAAGUUGAUAAAUCUGAUUUGUAUGAGCAACGUAAAACACCUCGUUACAUUUAUGGCAGGUUUAACACAAUCGGAUAUGCCAGAGAUUCCGCAAGAGCUGUCAAUUAUACCAAUUACACCAUUAAUCUUGAAUGCAUGGAUACAAACAAUGAGAGAAACUGCAGCCAGAAGUUUGCUACCAUAUUUGAUUUUCAACACCUUGUAAGCAGUUACCACCACCACCACCACCUCAAUCAAGAUGAGAAAGCCAGUUGUGUUCCUGUGAAGAAAAAUGAACAAACCGGUACUGAAUUGGCUCCAGACUACAGAUAUGACAUUGACAACUACUGCAUUUCAAGAGACACUUCAUCUAUUUACUCGGGUGAGUAUGCUGCUUAUGAUAGAAUACAAGCACUUCGUGUAUCGGGAGAGAUUUCUAAGGUAAACAGUGCAGAAAUUGACUAUAAGAUGAAUGGUAGCCUCAAUGAACGCCAAGCUGUUGCUAACAAUUUAGAAAUCACAUCCUGGGCUCAUGAAAAUUUGGCAUACCAAAAUGAUGAAAGUCAACCUCGAUCAAGUAAAAGCUCCCUAGAGCAUACUGAAACCGAAAAUGAAUCCAGUGUGACCAUCCUCCCUGAACCUGUUGUUGCUGUUAAUUCUGCUGCUGGUGCUGCUGAUGCUGUAUCCGCUGUUGUGACCACAGAAAUUGUCAUUGACCAUGAAUUUGAAGUCAACGGAAAUGCAAACAUUGAUGAGUUGUUGAACGGCAAUGAUACCACUGAUGCGUUUACACCUGGUCAAGCUAGUGAGAGAGAAGAAGCUGCUACUGUCACUGCAAUCGACCAACAACAAGAUGAUCCAAAUGAGACGGUGCAAUCGCCUAAUGAUGGACAGCAGAUGAAUGACGUACCUGAAGAGGAACAGAUGAAUGAAAAUGUACACGUACCUGAAGAGUCAACUGAGACACCAACAGAAGAAGUUAUCGGUUAUAUGAAUCCUCGUGACAAGGUUAGGUUUAUGGAACCAGUGGAUAUUAACCCAUUGUAUGCAUGGUACUUUAUUCCAGGAGACACAUUCCAAGCACCUUUGAUCCCAGGACUUAGAAUUGCACAGCUUGUUCCUGAUGGAGUUAGAGUCAUUCCUGUUCCAGAGGUGCAACCACUUCAAUAUUUGGAAUCUGGUACAUCUGCAAUUGUUGAUGAGAAACGAGUUUUGGCAAAAAGAAAAGUGAGAUUUGUCAACGAAUUACACAAGAGAAUUGAGACAGAGAAGGAGAUUACUGAUCUAGAAGGGUUAAUUUUACACGAUAAACAGCCUACAGAUGUUGUGCGCGUGGAACGAAAGCACAGGAAACCAUUUGCUUUUGUUAAACGGGUUUUGAAGAAGUUGAAGUUGAAAAAACGCCCUAAGAUGAAGAGUACUGAGGGACUUAGGUCAGCUAUGAAGAAACAAAACCCUAGCACAAAGGCUGAAGACGGGACCGGUUUAAGGAGGUACAAAUCUUGCAUCACAUUGGAUAGUCCAGAGCUAGAUGGUGAUGAGGAACGUCCCAAGAUUUUUCAACGUGUGAACCGACCCCAGUCUGCUUAA